AUGGCUAACGAGGGGGGAGCAAGCUCCCAAGCUUUUGAUCUUAAACUUUUCACAGAAGCAAUCAAAGGCGAAUUGGGACGCAUGAUGGACCAAAAACUUGAACUGAUGCACCAACGCAUUGACAGCUUAGAGUUGUCUCAUGGAAGCUCCAAAGGCAGCCGUGGAAAGGCUUAUGCACAUGAGUCUAGCGACUCUAACUCAGACAACAACUAUGAGCAUAAGCAAAGUAGGUCUAAGCGUGAUGCUAGGCCUUCAAAUGACCACAUUCCGGGCAUAAAGAUGAAAAUUCCACCCUUCCAAGGACGAUCAGACCCCGAUGCCUACUUAGAGUGGGAGAAGCGGAUUGAACUUGUCUUCGAUUGCAAUACUUACUCGGAGGAGCAAAAGGUCAAGUUGGCCGUGGUCGAAUUCACCGACUACGCCGUUGUGUGGUGGGAUCAACUCUCCACUAGUCGAAGGAGGAGUCGUGAACCUACCAUACAAACUUGGACGGAGCUAAGACGACUAAUGAGGAAGCGUUUCGUGCCAAGUCACUACUACCGUGACUUGUAUCAAAAGCUUCAAACCCUCAACCAAGGAGCACGAAGUGUCGAGGACUAUCACAAGGAAAUGGAAAUACUCAUGCUACGGGCAGACAUCAUGGAGGAUCGAGAAGCAACAAUGGCACGCUUCUUGAACGGAUUAAGGCCCGAAAUCGCUGAUCAAGUGGAGUUACACCACUAUGUGGAACUUGGGGACUUGGUGGAGAAGGCCAUCAAGAUUGAAAGGAGGAUUAAGAGGAGGGGUUCGACUCGGAGUUACUUCAACUUUUCACGCUCUUACCCCCGAACUACACCACCAAAGAAAGAGGAUAAAGGGCCGAGUAAUUCCACCCCUUCAAGACCGAGGCCGGAUAUGACUAAGUGGGAGUCUAAGGCAACACCAAAGACUGCCAUUGAGUCGAGCAUGGGGCGAAAUCGAGAAACUAGAUGCUUCAAAUGCCAAGGCCGAGGGCAUAUUGCUAGCCAAUGCCCGAACCAACGCACUAUGAUCAUCUUACCCAAUGGUGAGUUUCUCAUCGAUGAUGAAGAUGAGAAAGAGGAGUUGCCAUCCCUUGAGGAAGAAGAGGAAGAAGAGAAAGCAUUGCCCGUCGAUGAACGAGUUGGACUCGUUGUCAGGCGAGCCUUAGCAACCCAAGUGAAAGCCGCCGACCAUGCACAAAGGGAGAACAUUUUCUACACCCGUUGCUAUAUCAAAGGCAAGGUAUGUAGUUUGAUCAUAGAUGGAGGUAGUUGUGCUAACGUCGCUAGUGCCUUGAUGGUGGAAAAAUUAGCACUACCCACUCUACGACAUCCAACACCUUAUUAUUUGCAAUGGUUGAACAAUAGUGGGGAUGUUCGUGUGACCAAGCAAGUCCAAGUACCUUUCCGAAUUGGAAAUUAUGAGGACGUGGUGUUAUGCGACGUGGUCCCUAUGCAAGCAUGUCACAUACUAUUGGGGAGACCAUGGCAAUUCGACAAGGGAGUUACAUUCGAUGGCAUUACCAAUAAAUACUCUUUCAAGUAA